GCUGGUUGCGUGGGAACGGCCGGCAAGCGGAAGUGGCGCCUGGCGGACGCUUCCCUUUCCGGGUCGGCGUUCCCGCCUCCCAGCGCGGGUGGGCGCCCAUGAGCCGGGGCUUCCUGCACGGACUCUUCCUGCUCCCGCUGCUGCUGCGGCCGCCACUCCUGCAAAGCGGGCGCCGUAUGCUCGGCCCAGAGUCUGUUCCGGCCCCAAAAAGGCUCCGUAGCGACCUCAUGGCACGGCCCCAAAUCGGGACGCACAACGGCACUUUUCACUGCGACGAGGCGCUGGCUUGCGCGUUGCUUCGCCUCCUGCCCGAGUACAGGGAUGCAGAGAUUGUGCGCACUCGGGACCCCGAAAAACUCGCGUCCUGUGACAUCGUGGUGGACGUGGGUGGCGAGUACGACCCUCAGAGACACCGAUAUGACCAUCACCAAAGGACUUUCACAGAGAGCAUGAGCUCUCUGUGCCCUGGGAAGCCAUGGCAGACCAAGCUAAGCAGUGCGGGACUCAUCUAUCUGCACUUCGGGCACAAGCUGCUGGCUCAGUUGCUGGGCACUAGUGAAGAGGACAGCACGGUGGGCACGCUCUAUGACAAGAUGUAUGAAAACUUCGUGGAGGAAGUGGAUGCAGUGGACAAUGGGAUCUCCCAGUGGGAGGAGGGGGAGCCUCGAUACGCUCUGACCACUACACUGAGUGCCCGGGUUGCUCGGCUUAAUCCCACCUGGAACCAGCCCAGCCAAGACACUGAGGCAGGCUUCAGGCGUGCAAUGAAUCUGGUUCAAGAGGAGUUUCUGCAAAGACUAGAUUUCUAUCAGCACAACUGGCUGCCAGCCCGGGCCUUGGUGGAAGAGGCCCUGGCCCAGCGAUUUCAGGUGGAUCCAAGUGGGGAGAUAGUGGAACUGGCAAAAGGUGGAUGCCCCUGGAAGGAGCAUCUCUACAACCUGGAGUCCGGGCUGUCUCCCCCGGUGGCCAUCACCUUUGUUAUCUACACUGACCAGUCUGGACAGUGGCGGGUCCAGUGUGUGCCCAAGGAGCCCCACUCAUUCCAAAGCCGGCUGCCCCUGCCAGAGCCAUGGCGAGGCCUUCGGGAUGAGGCCCUGGACCACGUGAGUGGGAUCCCUGGAUGCAUCUUUGUCCAUGCAAGCGGCUUCAUUGGUGGUCACCGCACUCGGGAGGGUGCCUUGAGUAUGGCUCGUGCCACUCUGACCCAGCAUACGGCACCUAUGCCUCCUACAAAUCCCCCAGUGCAAUAAAACGUCUUCCAUCUCU